AUGUCUCCGCCAAAGAAAGCCAAGAGCCAAAAUCAAAGAAGGGAAGUAAGACCCGAAGUCUUCCAAGAUUCGGAAGCCAGAAAUCAGUUGGCCGACGUACCAAAGUUAACAGAGAAAUCGAGUGUUAGAAAAUCUAGUAGGAAUGCCGUCAGAAAAGAACAAGCAAGGGUUAGACUUUAUGGGAAAAAGAAGGGCAAGACUUAUGAUGAAAAGGACCUAAGUUUGCCUACAUUGAACAGAGCGAUUGUUCCGGGCGUGAAUAUCAAGAAGGGCAAGAAAGGAAAGAAGUUUAUCGACGACCAUGAUGCUGUAAAGUUGAAUCGACUCAUCAAGACUAUCGGUGAUAAAUUCGAUGACAUCGACGAAAGCAAGCUGGAGAAAAGCAGAAGGUUGGAAGAGAUUAGGGAGCUUAAGAGGCAGGAAAUGGAGAGAAAGGAGGCUGACAAAAGGGAAGUUUUAGAGGAUAAGAAGAAAGAAAUAAAGCGGAAGGCAUCCAUUGCGAGAACUAUGCGUAGAAAACAAAAGCGAGAGAAUGGUAGGAUUUCACAACCUGAGCAUUCUGGCCUUAGCGAAAAGAGUAAGCCGAAAAAAAGAGUGACCUUCGCUUAA